UUCCCCCUUUCCCUCCCCUCCAAUCCGCCUUUUUUUUUUUUUUUUUUUUAUCCUCCUUUUUUGCAACCCUCCGCACCCUUCCCGGCUUGCCGUGUGGAUGCGGCCCGGGGUGCCUGGCUGCGCGGGUGGCGAGAGCAGAUGCUGAGGGGCCGGAGGAGGAUGGAGUGCACCCUCGAUGCGCAGAGUUUGAUCAGUAUUUCCCUGCGGAAGAUCCACAGCUCCCGCACGCAGCGAGGCGGCAUCAAGCUCCACAAGAACCUGCUCGUCUCCUAUGUGCUCCGCAACGCCCGGCAGCUCUACCUGAGCGAGCGCUACGCCGAGCUCUACCGCCGCCAGCAGCACUACCCCGACGGCGCCCCGCUCCUCGCCAUGCCCGCCUGCCCGCCGCCCCCCGCCGCCUCCGCCGCCGCCCCACCGGAGCUGGCGGCGCUCCCGCUGCCCCCCGACGCGCAGGACCGCGAGGCUCGGAGCUGCUCGGCCGUGCGGGGAGGCGCGGAGCUGCUGGAGGUGCCCGUGUGCGCGGCUCCCCCCCCCCCCGAGCUGCAGCAGCAGCAGCGAGCGCCUUGCAGAGACUCGUCCCCGGCUUUCUACCGGGCUUCUUCCACCGCUCCCGGUCCCGGUUCGCCCCCGGGGCUGCUGUACGCCGCCGGCUGUGACUUCGGGGCGCCGCACUGUAGCAGCCGCACCACGGUGCUGGAUUUGGACACUCACGUCGUGACCACGGUGGAGAACGGGUACUUGCACCAGGACUGCUGCUCGCAGUGCCCCUGCUGCUGCCAGCCGGCAGCGGGGCUCGCCUCCCCGCCGCCCGCACCGGGCACCAAGCGCAAGUAUUACCCGGGGCAGGAGGAAGAAGAAGAAGAGGAGGGGGUGGAGGAAGGGGAGCCGGGGGGAGGCGGGGUGGCGGGCGGCCCCCCCUUCGCCCCGUGCACCAAGCGCGCCCGCUUCGAGGAGUACAGCGCCGAGCACCCGCAGGACUCUAACAACAUCUCCAACUUGAUCUCCAUCUUCGGCUCCGGUUUCACGGGGCUGGUGAGCCGGCAGCAGGCGGACUCGGAGCAGCCCCUCAACGGGCAGCUGUGCAGCAAGCAGGCGCUGGCGAGCCUGGGAGCCUGGACUCGGGCCAUCGUCGCGUUUUAGAGAGGAGCGGGGAGCCGGCGAGGGGAGGGGAAGGGGGGGGGGAAACACCACCGAGGGGCUGGGGUGGGGGGCGCGGAGCCGAAGGACUCUCGAGGGGGGGACCCAGAAACAAAGGCGGGGAGGGAAGUGGGGGGGGGAGAGAAGAAGGUUGGGGGUGAGGGGAGGGGGGCGUGGGGGGGUGCCGAGGGGUGCGCAAUGUGGGGGGGGGCGGGAGGGCAGAGCCACGCUAGUGUUUUAUAAAUUGUACAAUAAAGGAAAAAAAGCUGAGAUCUUGGGACUUUAUUUUUGCAGAGAUGAGAGAGAGAGAGAGAGAGAGGGGAGAGAAAAAAAAAAAAAAAAGAGAAAAAAAAAAAAGCAAACAAAACGCAAACAAACCAACAACAACACAACCCCAGCGCCAAAAGCACCCGGUUAAAUAAUCCUCUUUGUGUCCGCGCCGCUCGGGGGGCUCGGGGCCGGGGGUCGCCGGGGGCCGGUGCUGGCAGCGCCACGUGAGACCGGGGGGUGUCCCCCCCACACACACCCCCCCUAAACCCCUGGGUCGCUUUUGUGCGUUUCUUUAUCCUGGGGUGGGGGGGGAGAAAAAUAAUUUAAAAAAA